AUAUAUCUGAGCAAGUGAUCACUGGUUUGAGCGCUCAUUUCUGAUGUUUGUAAAAGACUCUGAUCGGAGUGUACUGUCACUUGUUUGCAAUUGUAGUGUUUGAAAUUGAUUGGUGUGUUAGAUGUGUACAGAUUGUGAAAAACAAUGUUUGAUAUAAAGAACAUAGUUAACAGGAUAAGAGACAGGGGUAGAGAAUCUAAUCCAGAUUCUCCAGCACAUGGAAAGGAAGAUGCUGUGGGAAGCAGACAGGCAGCAGAAGGCUUACUCUGCCCAUCAUGCAUGGAAGCAUUUACAUCAGUGGAAGCCUUGAGGAGCCAUUAUGAAAGUACCCAUGCUGAAUUACUGGAUACCACAGUACAGCCGAAUGAUACACGCUUUGAGACACUACAUGAAGAAAUUGGAGAAAAGUGUAGCAGACAGGAUGGCGUUCAAGUUCUCAGAAGUAACAGUGAUGCUGACCAGGAUAUAGUGGUGAACAUGAAUGAUCCUGCUGAAUUGAAAGAAAAAUUAAUUGAAACUUUGAAAAGCAAGUCAUGGUUGGAGACGGAAAAGGAACAGUUGGAACAGAAAGCAGCUCAUUUGGCAAAAAUGAAUGCUUCACUUAAAGCUGCAUCAGAUGAAUUAGAAAGCAACCAGGUUACACUGAGAGAGAGGCUCAAAGUUCUUGAAGCACAGUUGGCACACAGGGAGAGCAUUGAUGAUGCUGCAGUUUUAAAGCAAGAACUUGUUCAGGUUCAGAGGAUGAUGGAUGAAUUGACUAGAGAGAAAGAAAAGGAACGAGACAUGCUACAAAAAGAUUUGCAGCAUCUACAAGACAAGUAUACUCAAUUAGAGCAGUGGAACACAGAUGCUUCAAUUCAUACAAGAGAAAUUGAAGAACUGAAUAAGAAAUUGAACUUGAAAGAAUCUGAAUGUAGUAGCAUACUGAAAGAGCUUGAGAACUGCAAGCAACAGGUGGAUGCUGGAAAAGAAAAAAUAAUAGUUUUGGAUUCUGAGUUAUCAGAACAGAAACAGAAACUGAAAAUGCUUCAAGAACAGCAUGAGGAAUUGAAACAAUCACUGAAAAAUAAAGAUCAGUCGUUUUCUGAAAUAAUAGAGCUAAAACAGAAGUCUAUUGAUGAAUCUAUUGCACAGCUGAAAAAGAUGAAAGAAAAACUUGAGCAUAAAGAUAAAGAACUUGAUGAAUUACAACUCAAACUCAAAAGCAGUGUUGAAGAAGAAAACAAAACUAAAGCAACAUUGACCAAGUUAAAACAGAAUUAUAAUUCACUGGAAGCUGAAAUGAAAUCAAGAGACUUCAAAAUUGAAGAACUGAGCUCCGCUUUGAAAAAAAGUAAAGAAGUUAGUGCUAAGCAGGAAAGUGAACGUGCGGAAUUAGUUGCUAAAAUUCAAGCUGGAGAAGGUGCAAAAACAGUAAUUCAGCAACUGACUCAGGAGACGACAUCAUUACAAGAGAAAAUGAAAUCAUUAGAAAAGAAGGAGGAUGAGAAAAAUAAAUAUGUCCAGGAAUUAAAAAUGCAGAUUCAGAAUGUUACAACUAAGUACCAAGAAUGUAUGAAGGAACUGGAAACAAAAGAAGCAGAAUUAAAAUCAAUGGAAGGCUCCUUGGGGACAAUGAGCAAUAAUGCAUCUGAGUUGCAGAGAUCUUUGGAAGAAAAGGAGAUGCAGAUUGAAGAACUGUCGUCAUCCAUUGAGCGUUGCAGAAUGAACUCUGCAAACAUGGAAAGUGCUCUCUCAGAACUUAAGGAAACAGUGAACAUAAAAUUCCAUGAAAUUAGUGUUUUGAAGGAAAACAAUGAAGGUCUAAUUAAACAAAAGAAGGACUUGGAGAUAAAGUUAAAAAAACAGGAAGAUGAAUUAACAGCAAUCAAUUCCAAGGCAGAAGAAUUGAAUGAGAAGCUUUCUCAGAGUCAGAGAGCAUUAGAACUUAAGGAAGAGCGAAUCUGUGGUUUAGAAACUGAACUUAGUGCAAAAGAGGAUCAAAUCCAAACUCUGACAGCAGAGAAUCAAAAAUUAACUGAAACAGUUGAGAAUCUUCAAAGAACAAUUCAUACUAAUGAAGAGUUUAUCCAAGCUAUUGGGAUUCAGCGAACUUCUUUAGAGACAGAUUUGUUUGAACUCCAGAAAAGUAUGGCUGAAUUGGAGACAGAGAAGAAAAACAGUGAAGAAAGCUUUAAAACAGAAAUUGCAGCUCUGGAGAAUUCUCUGCAGGCUACACUUUCGGAAUCUCAGUCUCUAAAACAGGAGCUUGAACAUGUAUCUCAACUUAAGAAUAAGCUCUCAGAAGAGUACAAUGACCUGGAGAAAGCUAGGGACACUGAGGUACAAGCAAUAAAGAGUGAGUGUCAGAAGCUUCAGUCUGAAAUUGAAAACAAAGAAUCAGAAAAAAGUGAACUACAGGACAGUCUGCUUUCUGCUGAGAGAAAAAUUUCUAAACUUCUUGAUGAACUAAAAGUCAGCAAUGAAAGUUUAAUAGCUGCAGAGAGAGCUCAUUCAGAGAAAACUGCAGUUCUUCAAACUGCUCUUGAUGAAGUUGCAGGAGAAAAACUUGUACUUGAAGCUCAAUUAGAAGCAAGUCAACGUGAACAUAAAACUCUUCUUCAACGUUUCUAUACUACCUCUGGUGAGAUGGAAAACUUACGCCACACGAUUAUAGAACUGAGGCGGAAACUGGAUGAGAGUCAGGCUGCACUCCAAGAGCUUGGGAGAGAAAACCAGACAUUACAGCUGGACCUCGAAAAGUUGACUGGGCGCAAAUGGACUGAAGAUUCAGAUGCUCCGCAAUGUGCUCAGUGCAACAAAGACUUUUCAAUGAUAGUGAGGAGACACCAUUGUCGAAAUUGUGGACAGAUAUUUUGCAAUGAGUGUUCUUCAAAACUGGCACCUGUUGGGAACAAUAAGAAACCAGUCAGAGUCUGUGAUAACUGUUACAAUGAAAUUAUGAAUAAAUAAGUCUUAACAAGCUACUGGCACAAUGGCUGAAACAUUUAUUGUUAUGAAUGGUGUUUGGUAUUGUGUGGAUAACGUCUUGUACCAGUGUAAUAUUAGUUAAUAUUUAUGAAUGUUUCAUAAGAAAUCUUGGUUACUCAAAACUCUGCAUUGCAGAGAACAUAAAUUGUUCUUGGCCAUGGUAGUACAGAAAAAUUAGAUUUUCGUGCUUAACUAUUCACUGACAGCGCUUUAAAUUUUUUUAUGUCGUGUAUUUAUCUAACGAGCUGUCAGCUAUUUCCAAUACAAAAGCUUUAAGGACUGUGAACUGCCACUUCAUGUAAUGAAAAUGUGACUGUGUGUACAUUUUAAUGGGCACUGAUAUUAUAUUUCAUCUAUGUGUUCAUAAUGAGAACCCCUGUGCCAUUUUGGUAAUUUUUUGUACAAAUUUAAUUUAUUUUACUGUGUUAUAUUAAUUUUAAAAGUGAUUCACAUGUUUAUGAAGUCAGUAACCUAAUUUCAUAUGUAUAAUUCAUAUUGAGCCUGGUGACAUAUAUUGUGCUUACAUACAGGUAUUCGUGCUACAUCAAGCUGAGGAAAGGAUUAUUAUUAGUCAUCAGUCUGUGCUGCUAACAGUUACGAUAACAAAGGAAUUGUUUACAACUAACAAACUCCCAUGUAAUGGGUAAAAGUUACACAGUGCUCUAUGCUGUUAAUUCAGCAUAAAUUAAACAGCUAUUGUACAGUAUAUUGCAAAAUAUUUUUAUGAUUGUAAUUUUUGUUACUGUUGUUGUUCAUGAUUUCAUUGAAAAUUAAAAAAAAUAUUUUAAUA